AUGGCCGACGAAUCAACCUCGCUUGAGCUUGCCUCCAUCGACAAGCUCGAGCUCCUCAACGGCACCACCGCCGUCAAUUGGGUGUCGUUUGAGGAGAGCCUCUUCACGUACCUGGGCUCCGUUCGAGUGGGAGAUUACUGUCUCCUAGACGUUGUCCUCGAAACACCUAAUGGCCUCCCCCCCACCCCGCCCCCACUCCCAGGCCCCUCCCCCCCCGACGCCCCACCACUCCCGACCGAACCUGCCCCCCAAGCCCCUAUCCUAGGGGCUUGGGAGGAUGAUCCGGACAGGUGGGCUCGCACGCUCAACAAAUACAACAAGGAGCGGGACGACUAUGUCAUCAAAAGCAGAGCACACGCAGCGGCCAUCGCCGAUCACGAAGCUGCCGCUGCAAAACUUGCAGAAUUCAAAGCCGCCUCCGAAGAGUACUCUGCUAAGCUCCGUAAGCACCACUCCGAUACAGCUGCAUGGCGCAUUGCUGACCGCCGUGCACUUACUAUCAUCUUCUCAUGCGUUCCCUCCUCCCUCAAGCGUGACCUUCGCCCCCCAUCCUCCCCCUCCCUCUGGAAGUCUCUCUCCUCCCAAUAUGAUCGCCAGGACCUACGUUCCCUCCUCUCCCUCUUUCGCACAUUCCAAGACAUCACACUGGACUCCUCCCUCAACGCUACUUCCUUCGCUCGGCGCCUCACAGACACUGCACAACGUCUCAAUGAUCGUGGCAUCUUAAUCUCCGACACCCUCCUCACAGCACGCAUCCUUGACUGCCUCCCACCCACCUACGACACUUAUCGCAUCAACUUCACCUCCCAGCACAUCCGUCCUCCUCCUGUGGCUGUUACCAUCGACUGGCUUCUUGACAGUGAGGCUGACCUUCUGCGUGAAUCUGCCUCCAUCAAUGCCGUUCAUGCGCGCAAAGGAACAAACACCGGCGGCAGCAGCGGGGGCGGACCAGGACACCUGCAACCAGACCACCCAUCCCACUGA